CCACCCUAGCAACCAUGGAGCAGGCGCUCUCACUGAAAGAGGUAAAAGACCCUGCUGCAAACAAACAGGAAGAACUUCACAACCGCAUCAAAGAACUAAGGUACUCUAAUAGAGCUCUCCUGGCAGAAAAUGUCAUGUUUGAGCACUUCAUUGGUCGCCUGGGUCCUCAGGACCGAGAGUUCAAAGCUGAGGGAGCAGCUACCCAAUCAACAGGACACUCCAGAAGGGAUGAUGGGGCUGCUGAGAGGAGGCAGACGCCUCAGUCCAACUUAUCAGAGCCCCUCCAGCUGCUGACCUUGGAGCAAAGACUUUAUCUGGCACAGAGAGAAGUAACUGAGACACAGGCCGAUCAGAAAAAACUGCAGACGAAAUACGAGAGAAUUCUGGACAACUACAAGUCUUCAUUGAAAGAAGCUGAAUUGCGCUUAGCUGAGAUCAAGAAGGCCAAGAUAGACUUUGAAUGUAGAUUCUUCAAACCUACGAAAGACAGUCGUCUGGAAAUGAAGGAGCCAGAGAAGGUGCUCCAGUACGUUGAAGACAAAUCAAAGGGCACCCAGUUGGAAAAGUUUCACCAGAAAAAUCAGGCAUUGAAGGUCCAAGAGAUGAAGCUCCUGCAGCAGCUCCAACAGAAAAAACACACGGCAAAAGCAGAAUUUGAGGUAUGUUUCCAGGAAUACAAUGAACCCCAAACGGACAAAAGCCUUACUCAACUUCAACACAACAGUUCUAAAGUUCAGCGUCUCCUCACCUCGCACAAGGAGAAGCUGCAGAGUUUAACACUGGAGUCUACAGAACUGAGCAACGACAUCACUAAAAAAAGGGAGAUGUUGGCAAAGCUGGAGGACGAGAUACAGCAAGCAGAGAAGGAGCGUCUAAAGGCAGAAGGCAUCAACAAACUCCUGCGCAAAGAGCUUACAGAUUAUCAGGCUCCUGAUAUCACAGAGUAUGUUUAUGCCAAAGAAAAACAUAAGAAGCUGCUGCAAAGCAUCCACCAUUGGGAGAGGAAAGUUGCAAUUGCUGAGAUGGCCUUCAAGACUCACAGUAGAGAGUGGCGAAAAGUCCCUUCUACUCCUGCAAACAGCACUGAGGCUGGAAAUUUCUCCAACUAA